AUGCCUCCUCGUUCGGAUGCUCAAAGAGCAAUCGAAGCUCAAAUUGUCAGAAUGUUAGAAGAGGCGAUACCCGCAAUCCAAGAGGAAAUCAACAACGAGGUUGCUCGCUACCAAGCUGGUGUUCAAGCGUGGAACGAACAACACGUCCGCGUACCACGGACUCGAAUGUAUAUCCACCGAGACCGUGAACAAGCUCAUUUGAGGCUUUUCACAUAUUAUUUCUCUAGAUAUCCUCGAUGGAGUGAUCAAAUGUUCUGUUGUCGGUUCCGGAUGCAAAGGCCUUUAUUCCUGCGCAUCGUCUACGCAAUUGAAGCUCGUGACUCGUAUUUCAUGCAAACCACCGAUGUCGUUGCCCGGCAAAGUGUAUCGACUUUGCAGAAAUACACAUCUGCCAUACGUCAACUCACUUACGGAACUAGUGCAGAUAUGUUCGAUGAGUAUCUCCAUGUAAGCAAGCAUACUAGACGAGAUUGUCUAGCUAAAUUCUGUCGGGCAUUAAUCGAAGCAUUCAAGGAUACAUACUUCAGAAAGCCAACGACUGACGACCCCCAAAGGUUGGUGAACAUGCACGAGCGAGGACAUGGCUUCCCGGGGAUACUAGGAAGCAUUGACUGUAUGCACAUGCAGUGGAAGAAUUGUCCAACAGCUUGGAGAGGACAAUACACUAACGGGCAUAUGGGCACGCAUCCGACGAUAGUGUUAGAGGCCGUUGUCGACCAACGAUUGUGGAUCUGGCAUGCCUACUUUGGUGUCGCUGGUCGAACAAUACCUCAAUGUGUUGAACGAGUCUCCAUUGUUCAACAAUUGUGUGUCGGGCGAGCGUCGAAUGUAUAG